AUCGUUUCUAUGGUAACGACUCGUUCACAGGUACGUGUACAGCGCACGCUCCUCUGAUAAUAAAAAAAUCAUUGAUGUGGUGAAGUGUGCUGUAAGGAGAAAUGCGUUUGUUUGACAUUUACGGAAAGGAGUCUCCAGUGCGAGUGCUGUGUAACAGUUCAUCGAGGGAAAGUAUUUCUUGGUGACAACCUGAAGAAACGAUUUUAAGCUCUAACGUAAGUGAGAACAUCUUUAAAUGUAUUUAUAAACGAAGAAGUAAGAUGUGGUGUUUUCAAAAUGAAAAAAAAGUAAAAAUUUAAAUCUUUGGCAAGAUAUAUGGAGAGUGAAACACUUCUGGUGUGUGGCUGUAGGGAAAUGAUCAACAGUGAGGGUUAGCUGCUCAUAAAAACAGAUUUUUCUGUCUUCGGUGUGUGAGACGAUGAGAAAUCUGCUGCCAUCUACAGGUCAAAAUCAGCAUUUUCAGCACGCAUGCUCUUUAGUUGUGCGAAGGUGAAAACAACACAACUGACAUAUAAUUAAAAAAGAAAAGAACUAUUCUUUAUAACUGAACAUGUACAAAAAGCACUAACUGAACAACAGGGCAGCAUUUCUGUGUCUUUGAUGUUUUAGAGAAUCCCUACCUGCAGAAAGAGGCACAGCUGAACAGCCUGAUUUCCAGUGGAAUAAAAGAUAUGAGAAUUAAAGAAAUAUAUUUUUCUUUUGAAAUUAUGUUCAGUUUCAAAAGCUACAACUUUAUUUAUUUUUCUUUUUAAACUCUAAUAUUAUUUGUCCCUCAUGAGGAGCAGGUUCUCAGUCUGCAUGUUCUAGUCCACGUGCCCUGACUUCUCAACCAUGGUGUGUAUUGUUAAAUAUAACAGUUUUGCUGAUGGCAGCAUUAUGGAGAGGAUAUUGUGUAGAAGUCUACUGCAUUUCCUAAUCGCUGCUGUGGUUAAUGUAGUCUAAAUAAGUUUGGCCAACAAAUCUGUCCUCAUAGAUUUCAAAUUCUGGAAGGUUGGUAGCCAACCUUGUCUUUCUUUAUACCCAGAUUAAAAAAAAGGAAAAAGGUUGAAACCUUUUCAUCUACCGUGCUUGAAUGCCUGGCCAUGGCUGAAUUAAAUCAUUUGGAAAUUUGUGUUAACUGCCUGAUGUGGCUGAGCGUGAGAGGGCCCUUCUCCAUGACGUCAUACACUUGGGGGCGUGACCAAUGACCGCAUUUUCUCUUAAGAUUCAGUUUUCGUGUGCGACAUUUAGAGAAAACAUUUAUAUUUAUAUUUAACAUUUAUAUUUUACAUUUACAUUUAACGUUUACAAUUAUAUUUAACAUUUAGGAUUUUAUUUUAUUUUUAAUAUUUAGGAUUUAAAUUUAUAUUUAACAUUUACAUUUAACGUUUACAUUUAUAUUUAACAUUUAGGAUUUAAAUUUAUAUUUAACAUUUACAUUUAACACAUACAUUUUUAAAAAAAAUAGUUUUGCAUUAGUGCAUUAAUUUAUACGAAUUUCUCUCAAAAUGUUACAAAUUAUAUAGCAUUUAUUAUUAUUAUUUUUUUAUUUAUUACAUUUGGCAAUGCUAUAUGUGCAAAAACUGAGCAGGAUUAUAGAACGUGCAACAUUUUACAAACGGCGCAUAAUGUAUGAAUAACAUAAUGUAUAAAUAUGAAUAUAUAUGAAUAUGAUAACGUUACAUAGAAUUACUUUGUUACUUCAUGUUUCUUAAUAAACUAGAUCUAUUGCAUAAAAUAGAGCCCAAUACCCCCCACCCCCCCAAAAAAGCUUGAAUAUUAGUAACGCCCCUGGCCGCUAGAUGUCACUGUUUCUCCGGUUAUAUCGCCGCGUGUCAGCAGCAGUAGGUUAUAAUAAAACCCCGAGCAGUCCGGAGUGUCAGUUUAAAGCUCAGUGUAGAGAGGAGCAGAAACACCAAACACUCUGUGCAGAAAACUCUCAGCCUCUUCUACUCCUCUAUAUUCCUCUUUAUUCCUCCAUAUUCCUCUUUAUUCCUCCAUAUUCCUCUUUAUUCCUCUUGGCUUCCUCUGCACCGCUUCUGAACACCUGAGCUCAGGAUGGAGAUUGACUGCCUGCAUGGAGGAAACGUUUACACACUUACCUCUGUUUCAUUUCUUCAUUAAACCAUCACCUGCCUGGAUUUAAAUCUUCCAUGUUUAAGCGUCAGCACUGAACUGAAAAUGAGCGACAUCUACGAGUCGGCCGCGACCUCGCUGGGGCUCUUUAACAGUCCCUGCCUGAGUAAAGUGGAGCUGCGCGUGGCGUGUAAAGGAAUCUCAGACCGGGACGCUCUGUCCAAACCCGACCCCUGCAUCCUGCUCAAGAUGCAGUCACACGGCCAGUGGCUCGAGGUGGACAGGACGGAGGUGAUACGGAGCUCCAUCAACCCCACCUUCUCCAAAGUGUUCACCCUGGACUACUACUUUGAGGAGGUGCAGCGUCUCCGCUUCGAGCUCUACGACAUCAGCAGCAGCCACAAUGGUACCAAGGAGGUCGACUGCCUGGGGGCCAUGGAGUGUACGCUGGGACAGAUUGUGUCCCAGAGAAAGCUGUCUAGAGCUCUGCUGAAACACAGCAACACCGUGGGCAAGUCCACCAUCAUGGUCACAGCGGAGGAACUGACGGGGAAUGAUGACUACGUGGAGCUGUCAUUCAGCGCCAGGAAACUGGAUGAUAAGGACUUCUUCAGCAAAUCAGAUCCUUUUCUGGAGAUUUACAGAGUGAACGACGAUGGAACACAGCAGCUGGUGUACAGGACAGAGACGGUAAUGAACAACCUGAACCCGGUGUGGAAGACGUUCAAAACCUCCCUGAACUGUCUGUGCAGCGGCGACCAUGACAGGAUACUGAAGUGCUCUGUGUGGGACUGGGACUCCAACGGAAAACACGACUUCAUUGGCGAGUUCAAAGCCACUUUUAAAGAGAUGCGUGGAGCCACCGACGGCAAGCAGCACCAGCACAGUGUGCAGUGGGAGUGCAUAAACCCCAAAUAUAAAAUGAAGAAGAAGAAUUACAGGAACUCUGGGAUUGUCAUUCUGAAUCAGUGUAAGAUUAUAAAGAUGCACUCGUUCCUAGACUACAUCAUGGGCGGAUGCCAGAUCCAGUUUACAGUUGCUAUUGAUUUCACAGCGUCUAACGGAGACCCGCGGAACAGCUGCUCUUUACACUACAUCCACCCGUACCAGCCCAACGAGUAUCUCAAAGCGCUGGUUGCUGUGGGAGAGAUCUGCCAGGAUUACGACAGUGAUAAAAUGUUUCCGGCGUUCGGCUUCGGCGCUCGGAUUCCUCCCGACUUUAAGGUGUCACAUGACUUCGCUAUAAACUCUAACGAGGAUAAUCCCGAAUGUGCAGGUAUACAAGGUGUAGUAGAGGCUUAUCAGAACUGCCUCCCUAAGAUCCAGCUGUACGGCCCGACCAACAUCGCCCCCAUCAUCCAGAAAGUGGCGCAAUCCGCCUCCGAGGAACUGCACGUCCGCCAGGCCAUGCAGUACUUUAUCCUCCUGAUCCUGACGGAUGGUGUGAUCACAGACAUGGCUGACACGCGGGACGCCAUCGUUCAUGCGUCUCACCUGCCCAUGUCCAUCAUCAUCGUUGGCGUGGGGAACGCAGACUUCAGCGACAUGCAGAUGCUGGACGGAGACGACGGGAUCCUGCGCUCGCCCAAAGGAGAACCGGUGCUGAGGGACAUCGUCCAGUUCGUCCCCUUCCGCAACUUCAAACACGCGUCUCCUGCAGCGCUGGCCAAAAGCGUUUUAGCCGAAGUGCCGAACCAGGUGGUGGAUUAUUACAACAGCAAGGGCAUCAAACCCAAAUGCCCCAGCGAGUUCGAGUCUUCCAGGACGUUUAGCCGCUGAACUCUGACUACGAUCUGAUUAGGAUCAGCACGUCUCUGUCAGUCUGUCAGUCGUUUGUUUUGCAUGCGUGGAUGGUCGUAGGCUAAAGCUAAAGUGCCAACACACGUGUCCGGCAUGGAGACACGGAGACUCUGCAUGUUUCUCAGAGAUAUAACUGAUCUGUUUCUUUUUUUAUGUCUAUAUUUAAACUGAGAUUUUGCUAAAUUUCAUAAUAUUCUUACAUUGUAAAGCAUUUUGGAUGGAGGUCAUUGAGAAUGUUUAGCUCUCUGUAUUAGAUACUGAACGUCUGCACCUUGAGAUGAAACGUGGGGUUUUUUUGCACAUGAGGAAAUGCAUGACUGUCUUUUGCAUGUUAAUAUAAACGAAUAAACCAAAAUUUCUCCUUGUUUUGGUCUGGAGAUUGUAAACGAAUGUGGGCGUGUCCCAAACGCUAGCUCUAGGAGAGAAGAGAGCUUACCGGAGUUCAUUCUAACGCGUCGUUAAGAAAAGAAAACGGAAAACGAGACGCCGUGACUUCAAUAAGUUUAACAAAUCCAUUCAUCAAAUGCUAAUAAAGUCAUUCAUUUCCAUUUCAGAACACAAAACCUUGCUGUUAUCAGAAGCUAAUCUGCAGUGUAGUGGGAUGUCUUUUAUUCCUCAGAUACCACAGCAGGAAGCAAACAAUGGUACUGGAGACUCCUUCCAUAAAUGUUCGAUUACAGAAGACUUCACCAUAUCAAGUUACCGUGGCGAUACGAAUACGAAAACGUAUCAUGUUAACGAGCGCAUUAAUAUAAACCUGCGCUACGGUCAGUGCCUCUGUUAUAGAAAACUAAUCAACACCUCCUGACCAAUCACAAUCCAGAACUCGGCACCGUGGCGUAAAAGCUUCACCUGCAGGCCUAUAAAUCUUUGAAUCUGAAGAACUGUAUCGUACUGCUCAUAAUAACUGAGUAGAAUUUUAAAAUGCUAAAUAUUAUAAGCGUAUAUAUGUGUAUAUAUCAGUAGAGCUUAAAACAGAUAUUAUAACUUCAGUUACUUCUUUAAUACAAUAUUUAUCUGACUUUUUCAGUGGCUAGCCUGCGUCACCGAGACUCCUCCCACCAAAUGAAUCUUAAUAUCACUUCAUAACUAUUUACUAUAUUAUACACAUACCAUUUUUAUCAUUUGACUGAAACAGAUUUAAUCAAUUGACAAAAUCUGGAUUAUUACAUAAAGCUGUAUCUUCUGUCAUUUUUCACUGACCUCCAACUUGAGCACCGCUGGUUAUUUAAUGAACAAUAACCAAUUAAUUACAUAAAUUAACACCAAACGUCAAUCAUGGUGAAGUCUUCUUUUUGAUAUUCAUAGAGCAUAUUCAGCAUUGGCUCGUUCUGACUCUCGGCCGCGUCUCGACGUUAAACCUGACAGAACACCGUUGCUCAAAGUAAUGUCACGAGGUCGGGUUUAGAGAGGCGUCUGUGAGCGUUAGCGUUUGGGACGAGGCCUGAGGGUACACUCCGAUCAGUAAAAGCACAACAGAGUAACACUUUAGAAUAUCUGAUUCAGGUAGUUUAUUAGAGUGUGAUAAUAAAGUGCUAUAAACAAUGUGCGUGUGUGUGCGUGUGUGUGUGUGUGUGCGGAUUGUGAUUGGAGUGUUUUCAGAGAGUUUCGGAAUAAAAACGGCGUGCAUGUGGUGUAACGUAACAGACAUCAGUGCGUCCUUUGUAUUCUAAAGUGUUACCGAUUCUAAAUUAUUAAUAAAUCUUACUCUGGAAUAUUGUAGAGUUGUUUUGGUUUUUAUUUGGACUCGUGGAUUCUUUUCUUUUAUUUAUUUGUUUGUUUUUCAGAAGCAUGUUUAAUUUUAUUUACACAACA